CAGAUGGACGCGCAGGGAAAGUGGUCAAAGUUAAAGUGGUCCGUGGGCGAUACAGGAACACGCUCACGCCUACACAAGCGCGUACCUACUCAGUCACGCGCACGCGCAUGUGAGUCACACACACGCGUGCGGUAGAUCUGUGCCUGGAGACCGCGAAUUCAACGUGCUCGCCAUUCAAGUCAUGGACUGCGGCGAGCUGGGGGACCAUUAGGAUUCGGUGGCAAAGGAAAUAAUAAUAAUAAUAAAGUAAAUAAAUAAAUAAAUAAACGUUUUAUUUGCAACACACACGGAUGAUACUUUCUCACCACGCGGAUCGGACACUGGCUCCCUGACAGGCGGAAUUAUUACUUAUGUAAUCAAUACAACGAACUGCUUUUGUGGGGAAAAUAGCACCCGUAGAAAUCUUCCCGGCUCUGCUCGACAGAAAAACGCCGUGUGCCAUAUGCUCUGCGAUUUUCAGAGCAGCCUAUAGCAACCCAUUUGUACUGAUGCGACGCGUGUGAUGGUUGCAGUGGGACGGAUAUCCUUCAUUUUAUCCAAUAGGCGUUCUCAUGAUUUUCCCCCCUUUUUUUUCCUUUUGUAGGGCGCUUCUGUGCCUCUUUUUUUGAGCUGACCUUCUCCACAAUGUUUUAAAUAGGUAAAUGUUGUCAGGUCUGCUCUCUGAUUCUGUUCAUCUGAUUGGAGAAAACCACAGUCAGACUUCCACUUUCAGUUUAGUUUAGUUGUUUGAUUCUUUUUCUUUUGGUCCUUUUUUUCUCAACACAUUGGUUGGAAGUCAGUUUUGGACUGUGACUGGCUUGAGGGGAGGGGGGAAAGGCGGCCUAGAAGGACUUGACUGCCCAUCAGAAACUCUGCAGGAUUUCCUCUUCCUCAGUCCAGAGGAAUAUCUUCAAGUCCAGGAGGUUACUGCUGGUCCUUUGAGGGACUUCUUUUUCUUUCUUUCUUUCUUUCUUUUUUUCUUUUUUUUAUUCGGCAUGCGUUUCAUCCGAGGGAAUGGUGUCGGCACCGCAGAUACGCGCAACUCUCCCUGAGUGUUCGGCGUUUUUUGCGGGCGAGCAUCUUGACUUGUGAUCGAGAGGGGAGACGUGGACUGCUGCAGCCUCCAACCCUUUUCACAUGGAGAUUUGUGUCUCGGUCGCACAGCAGAUCUUGAAAACGUGGACGGGGGCCUUGCUGAUUUUCCCUGCACCGUUCUCGUCUUCAUUUAUUCGACAAAAUGCACUUGCUCCAGGGGUGCUCUCUGUGAAGCUGACCCAACACCCUGACCCCCCUGGAAGAAGCAGAGUGAAAAGAGAGUUUCACUGCAGGGAUCAAUACCAAGAACACAACCACCACAUGAACUAUGAAUGCUGAACACAAUGAUCUCCUCCCUCCAGCGCCAGACAAUGAGAGGUCGUAGGCUGAAGGGGGCGCUAUCCAACCCCCUCUUUGUGCUACUUUUGGCCCUUCAAAUCCUGGUGGUGGCUGGGCUAGUUCGUGCACAGACCUGUCCUUCUGUCUGCUCAUGCAGUAACCAAUUCAGCAAAGUCAUAUGCACACGUCGAGGUCUACGGGACGUUCCAGAUGGCAUUUCUACCAACACCCGUCACCUGAAUCUGCAGGAUAACCUCAUUCAGGUCAUCAAGGUGGAUAGUUUCAAACAUCUGCGCCAUCUAAAGAUCCUGCAACUGAGCAAGAAUCACAUUCGCAGCAUUGAAAUCGGCGCCUUCAAUGGAUUGGCUAGUCUCAACACCUUGGAGCUCUUUGAUAAUCGACUUACGACAAUCCCCAAUGGAGCAUUUGAGUACUUAUCCAAGCUGAAGGACCUGUGGCUACGGAACAACCCCAUUGAAAGUAUACCAUCUUAUGCCUUCAACCGUGUUCCCUCACUUCAAAGGCUAGAUCUAGGUGAGCUGAAACGUCUCUCCUACAUUUCUGAUGGAGCUUUUAAGGACUUGAGCAACCUGCACUACCUGAAUCUAGGAAUGUGCAACCUAAAAGAGAUUCCAAACAUUUUACCUUUGGUUAUGCUUGAAGAACUAGAAAUGUCAGGUAACCAGCUCUCUGUUGUCAAGCCUAGCUCAUUUACAGGGUUAGUGAACCUUCAGAAGCUGUGGAUGAUGCACGCCCAGAUCCAAACUAUUGAGAGAAAUUCCUUUGAUGAUCUUCAGUCGCUGGUGGAGCUGAACCUGGCUCAUAAUAACUUGACUUUUCUACCCCAUGAUCUCUUUACACCACUGCAUCGUCUGGAAAGAGUUCAUCUCCAUCACAACCCCUGGAACUGCAAUUGUGAUAUUCUGUGGCUUAGCUGGUGGCUUAAAGAAACAGUACCUGCCAAUACCAGCUGCUGUGCACGUUGCCAUACUCCCUCGGUCUUUAAAGGUCGCUACAUUGGAGAACUGGACCACAGCUACUUCCAGUGCGAUGUUCCUGUUAUUGUAGAGCCACCCACUGACUUGAAUGUGACAGAAGGCAUGGGUGCUGAGCUUAAAUGUCGUACAAGCUCGCUGACCUCCAUCAGCUGGCUCACACCAAAUGGCUCAUUAGUGACACAUGGAGCUUACAAGGUGCGAUUGUCUGUACUCAAUGAUGGAACACUGAACUUUACUAGCGUCACAAUGCAGGACACUGGGACUUAUACCUGUAUGGUUAGCAACACAGCAGGCAAUAUUUCUGCUUCCGCUGUGCUUAAUGUCACUUCUGUGGAAAACAGUGGGGUGACCUAUUUUACCACAGUCACAGUGGAGACCAUUGAGACCCCUGGGGAUGAUAGCCAAACACCACUUCCCCCAUUUGGCUGGGUGUCAUCCUCAACCACAAAGGGUACUCCUGUUGCAACAAGGACCACAGAGCGGACUUAUACCAUUCCAGUUCUGGAUCCAGAUGGAGACGGAGCCCCCAAUAGCCUGGAUGAGGUGAUGAAAACCACUAAGAUUAUCAUUGGCUGUUUUGUGGCCAUUACACUUAUGGCUGCUGUUCUGCUGGUUAUUUUCUACAAGAUGAGGAAGCAGCAUAACCAACAAGACCCUGAUGGCCCUGCUUCUUCCAUGGAGGUCAUUACCGUUGAAGAAGAGCUUGCAGGUGUUGCUGCUAUGGAGAGACACCUAUCGCUGCCCCCUCUGGAGCACUACAACCACUACAACACCUACAAGAGCACUUACCAUCAUCCUCCUAUGCUCAGUACCAUACACAGUUCAGUCACACAGGAACCUUUACUGAUUCAAGCCUGCUCAAAAGACAAUGUACAAGAGACCCAAAUCUGACUCUAAAUUUGACUACAAUGGACCAAAAACAUGAAGAUAAAAUAAAUAAAAUGACAGUUGAUGCCAAUCAUGGCACUUAAUCAGCAUUUGGCAAAGGGACUACAUGAUACUUUUUU